AUUAGCUUAUGUAAUCGUCGACUACUACCUUUGAAACCCUUCUUCGUUCAGUGACCUUGUCAUUGUGUUGAGCGUCUUCCUCGCCAUCUUCCUCGCCGUCCCCAUAGCUUCCAAAAUGAACUCGUCAUCUCGCCCAGCAUCUUCCUCGACACGUCCUACAGUAUCACCAAACUCUAGACCUCAAGUGAAUACCCACACAAAAGUUCUAGACACUACACACGGUCGCAUCCUCUGCAUCGCAGACAUCCGUGGUCGACUUUCUGGCCUAAACGAUCUCGCGCGCGAGGCUAAUGCCAAAGCUAUCAUUCAUACUGGUGACUUCGGUUUUUUCGAAAGUAACAGUCUGGACCGUAUAAAUGACCGCACACUGCGUCAUCUGACCAUGUAUUCGCCACUAAUACCAUCCACGCAGCGUACCCACUUCCUCGCACCUGACAACACCUCCCAAGCAAUCCGCGCCACCGUCGAUAUUUCCCUUCUUUCUGAAUUCCCUCUCCUUCUCUCAGGUCAACUCAAGCUUUCUGUCCCUGUAUAUACUGUUUGGGGUGCUUGCGAGGACGUCGUCAUUCUCGAGAAAUUCCGUGCUGGCAUUUACAACAUCGACAACCUUCACGUCCUCGAUGAGGCAACCACUUAUUGUCUUGAUGUCGGAGGCGUCAAGCUGAGGCUUCUUGGUUUGGGUGGCGCACUCGUUCCCCACAAAAUGUUUGAUAAUGGUGAUGGCAGCGCAACAAUCGCUGGUGGUCAGGGUACCAUGUGGACAACCGCACUCCAGAUUGGUGAGCUCGUUGAUACUGCUCAGCGUGUCUUCGAUCCCACCGAGACGCGUCUCCUUGUCACCCACGCAAGCCCCGGACGCGAAGGCAUAAUGGCUCAACUUGCACUCGUUCUCAAGGCUGAUCUCUCUAUCAGCGCGGGGCUUCACUUCCGUUAUGCCUCCAGUUAUAAUGAGUUCAGCGUGCAAAGCGACUUAGAAGGCUUCCGUCACAAGCUCAUUGCUGGAAAGGAAGCCUUUGAUAAAGUUUGGGACAGUGUGAAGCAGCAGGUAGACACCGUCAUCGAUGAGCAUCAGCGGGUCCUGCUUGACAAGGCCCUGAGUGUCAUUGAGAGGGUACCAAACGCGCAGGGUCCGGAAGAGCCCUCUUGGAAGAACUGUUGGAAUUGGAACCUGUGUGACGCUGCAUUUGGUUCACUUGUGUUGGAUGUCAAGGAUGGCAGGAUCAGUGCCGAGUUGAAGAGCCAGGGGUUCAAUUAUGCGUACCGUCGCACUGCAACGCCAAGUAAUGUUGUUCCAACACCCAAUUCAACGACGUCCUCACUACCGAAUGCUACUUCAAACCCACCCACCAAGGGUUCAACGCCCGUUCAGGCUGAAAAACCUCUCUCGCCGCAUCCAAAAGAGGUCAGGUCUCCUCUGAUCCCUGUAGCAUCUGGCAAAGAGACACCAAAAGAGUCAUCUCCAUCCACUCCUGCUCCCAAAUCUAACGGGAGUGGAACUCCUGCACCGCCAUUAGACAAGGCCGAAAAAGAGAAGCAGAAACGGAAAGAGAAAGAGAAAGAAAAAAAAGAACGCAAGGACCGUGAACGUAUGGAAGCGAAAGAGAAGGAGGCUUCUACAUCCGAAGAGAAGGCUGAUCCUGCUUUGAACGCACCUGCUCCAGCUCCGACUUCUGCGUCUGCUCCAACUCCAAUUCCGGUGUCUGCACUAGAGCAAUCAGGCAAAGCAACACCCGAAGCGCCCAUCGCUGAUGUACGUGAAGGGAUGAAGUCGCCAACAACGGACAGUACCGGCGCGAGGACACCGACAAGCAAGCGGUCAUCGAGACAUCCUUGGACUUUAUUUGUUAAACUCCCUCAACAGUCGACGGAAGCAGACGUCAGGUCAUUCUUUGGCGGUGAGACAGCGGGAGUGACGAAAGUGACAUUCCUUCCGAUCAAGGGAUCCCCGCAUCUCCGUGCCAGACCCCUUGCUUAUGUAGAGUUCGGUGAUGAAGAGACCAUGAAGGCAGGAUUGGACAAGAAUGACGAGAAAAUGGGCGAGGGUACGGUUAGCGUGCAGAUAGCGACAGAUCGUGAAGAGCGCGGUGAUAGAGGGGUCCGUGGUGGUCCUAGAGGACGUGGGCGUGGAUUUGCUGCACGGAAUUUUGCCGCAGCUGGGCUUACCCGUGGCACGCCUCGCGCGAAUGGUGAGGCACGCGAGAGUGCUGCUGCAUGAUCGACUCACGGAGUGAUUUGAUACGACCCUUUGACGACAUCAUAGGUUUCUACUUUUCCAUGAUUUUCAAUGCCAUGUCGUGUUCGUCUGU